GCCGGACGGGUCCGAACGCUGCGGUUUCUUUCGAGGGGGCGACGCGCAAGCGAACAUCGGCCGCCGCGGGUGGAAAAAUCUGCGCACCCUCUGUUUUGUCGCAUGUUUGGUGACGUCCGAUAAUCGACUUGCUGUGAAGUCUCCGGGGCCGAGGCCUACAGACUUUUUGUAGCGCCCGCUGGUAAAAUCUCCCGUCGAUGCCUGGAUUCCGGUGCCCGUUGUGACCGGGUGUGAACCGAUGAAGCACUUUAUCCUGUGAUUGAAGCAGAAACGGUCGGAAACGUUAGCCAGCUAGCUGAAGCUACCGCUAACUGCCAGCGAGGAAGUGAGGAGCGAAAAAAAAUGACAUCUCGGAGGUGGUUUCACCCCAACAUCACAGGCGUGGAGGCUGAAAACCUCCUGCUGACUCGAGGAGUGGAUGGCAGCUUCUUAGCCAGACCCAGUAAGAGUAACCCGGGAGACUUCACCCUCUCAGUACGGCGAAAUGGAGCCGUCACCCACAUUAAGAUCCAGAACACAGGAGACUACUACGACCUUUACGGCGGGGAGAAGUUUGCCACUCUGGCGGAGCUGGUGCAGUAUUACAUGGAGCAUCACGGCCAGCUGAAAGAGAAAAACGGAGACGUUAUCGAGCUCAAGUAUCCGCUCAACUGCGCGGACCCCACCUCAGAGAGAUGGUUCCACGGUCACUUGUCGGGUCGGGAGGCCGAGAAGCUGCUGACAGAAAAGGGGAAGAACGGCAGCUUCCUGGUGAGAGAGAGCCAGAGUCAUCCCGGAGACUUCGUCCUGUCGGUCCGAACGGGAGACGACAAGACGGACAGCAGUGACAGCAAACCCAAAGUCACUCACGUCAUGAUCCGCUGUCAGCAUGACCUGAAGUACGACGUGGGCGGAGGGGAGAAGUUCGACUCCCUCACCGACUUGGUAGAGCACUACAAAAAGAACCCCAUGGUGGAAACUCUGGGUACCGUGCUUCAGCUCAAACAGCCGCUGAACACUACUCGCAUCAACGCUGCAGAGAUCGAGAGUCGAGUCAGGGAGCUGAGCAAACUAGCGGAGGCCACAGACAAGGUCAAACAAGGCUUCUGGGAGGAAUUUGAGACCUUGCAGCAACAAGAGUGCAAACUGCUCUACAGUCGCAAAGAAGGCCAGAGAGCAGAGAACAAAAACAAGAACAGAUACAAGAACAUUCUGCCUUUCGACCACACUCGUGUGUGUCUGAAAGACGGGGACCUAAAUGAGCCAGGCUCUGAUUACAUCAACGCCAAUAUCAUCAUGGUAGUAUCUGCUAUCAUGCCCGAGCUGGACUCAAAGUGUAACAGUACCAAGGGGAAGAAGUCCUACAUCGCCACUCAGGGCUGCCUGCAGAACACCAUCAGUGACUUCUGGAGGAUGGUGUUUCAGGAGAACUCUCGAGUCAUCGUCAUGACAACCAAAGAGGUGGAGAGAGGAAAGAGUAAGUGUGUGAAAUACUGGCCGGACAUGUCGGCUCUGAAGGAGUACGGCGCCAUGCGUGUUCGCAACGUCAGAGAGACGGCCGCACAUGACUACAUCCUAAGAGAACUCAAACUGUCCAAAGUUGGACAGGGCAACACAGAACGUACAGUUUGGCAGUACCACUUCAGGGCCUGGCCGGACCACGGAGUCCCCACCGACCCAGGCGGUGUACUGGACUUCUUAGAGGAGGUCAACCUGAAACAGGAGAGCAUACUGGACGCUGGACCUAUAGCGGUACACUGCAGUGCAGGAAUCGGGCGGACAGGAACGUUUAUAGUGAUCGACAUCCUGAUAGACGUGAUCAGAGAAAAAGGGGUGGACUGUGACAUCGACGUGCCAAAGACCAUCCAGAUGGUUCGUUCUCAGCGCUCUGGGAUGGUGCAGACCGAGGCGCAGUACAGAUUCAUCUAUAUGGCCGUACAGCACUACAUAGAAACGUUGCAGAGACGCAUAGAGGAGGAACAGAAAAGUAAGAUUAAAGGGCGCGAGUACACCAACAUUAAGUACUCUUUGUCUGAUCUGACUGGAGGAGAGCAGAGCCCUUUGCCUCCUUGCACUCCUAUUCCUACUCCCACCUGCACAGAGAUGAGGGAUGACAGCUCCAGAGUGUAUGAGAACGUGGGCCUGAUGCAGCAGCAGAAGAGCUACAGAUGAGAUUCACCUUUGACCCCAGUGCUCUAUCAGUUCCAGGAUCUUGAUACCUGACCAGUUUUUUUUCGCCAGCCACACCUUGACGCCUGAGACUUGACCGUAAAAAUAACAUGGAUCAAUGGAAAAAAACACAACACACAAAAAUAAACAAAAAAAAAAAAAAAACAUAAUGUGAGAGAGACC